AUAUUAAUUAUUAAUUAUUGAAAUUCAUAACAUGAGUGUAAUUGAUACUUACAUUUCGCAAACAUUCUUUUCAAGAAAACUCUUUUCCUGUAUAUGUGUUGGUAGUUUGUGUUUCGUCGUUCACUCAAUCUUGGUCCCAGAUUCGGACUAAGGGUACACGUAGUUGAUAAUGGGAGCAAACAUGCAUGAGGAAUUUCUAAAAAUCAAGAUCCAUAAAUGUCAGCUAUCAGCCUUUCUGAGGCCCUAUUGGGUUUUUUCUUGAAGUCCGCCACUUCACCUGUUAAGAAUUGGUGCUCCCAAAGGCAAAAUCAAAUUAAAGAGAAGACAAGCUGAUGAACAGAGCCGUCAUGAACAGUGGACAGGUGAUGGAUUAUGAUAGGGAGCUUGUUUACACAAUGGAUGAAGCUCUUACAAUGGUGGGAUUUGGCAAAUUCCAAGCUCUCGUGCUGGCUUAUGCGGGACUUGGGUCCAUGGCUGAUGCAAUGGAGCUGAUGAUACUAUCAUUUAUAGGUCCCUCUGUUCGAUCUGAAUGGGGACUUUCAUCCAGGCAAGAAAGUUUGAUAACCACGGUUGUAUUUGCGGGUAUGCUCAUCGGAUCUUAUGCGUCGGGCCUCAUAUCUGAUAACUAUGGAAGAAGGAUGGGCCUUCUAAGUAUUGCAGCAGCAACCAGCAUAUUUGCAGUUCUUAGUGCCUUCUCCCCAAACUAUAUUUCAUUGAUCAUCUUCCGCAUGGUAGUUGGUGUUGGCCUGGGUGGUGGACCUGUGUACUCAUCCUGGUUUCUUGAGUUUGUGCCUGUACGCAACCGGGGCGUUUGGAUGGUUGUCUUUGCCACUUUCUCGACAAUAGGAACAAUAUUUGAGGCUUCAUUGGCAUGGAUCGUUAUGCCAAGACUUGGAUGGAGAUGGCUACUUGCACUAUCAUCAGUACCCUGUUUAGCAGCAUUUAUCUUAUAUUUUUUUACGGAAGAGUCUCCAAGGUACCUAUACGCGAAGGGCAGCAUUGCUGAUGCACAGCAUGUCUUGAAGAAAAUGGCCACAAUUAAUGAAACACAACUUCCUUCUGGUGUCUUAGUUUCUGAUCAAAUUAGUGAGUUGGAUGAGGAACUUACUACUCCUGAAGGUACCUCAUUGCUGUCAACCAUAAAAAAUAAAAAUUCUAGUCCUAAACGAGGCAUCUUCUCGUUUUUCACACUUCUAUCAUCAAGCUUAAUCAAAACAACCCUUCUCUUGUGGAUUGUCUACCUUACGAAUUCAUUUCUGUAUUAUGGAGUUGUGUUGAUGACCUCGGAGUUUAGCAGUAGCCAAAGUAAAUGUGGGGCACUUGUUUUACACUCAAAACAGCCGACAGAUACUAGCCUCUACAGAAAUGUUUUCAUCACUAGUUUUGCAGAGCUUCCAGGACUCAUUUUAUCAGCCAUUCUUGUGGACAAAGUCGGCCGCAAAAUUUCAAUGGUGCUUAUGUACUCAUUCGGCUUCAUAUCUCUUUUACCACUGAUGUUUCACCAAAAUGAACUGCUAACCACAUCUCUAUUGUUUGGAGCCCGGAUGUGCUUCAUUGGAAACUUUAAAAUAGCCGGUAUUUACUGCCCAGAGAUAUAUCCAACGUCCGUGAGGACAACAGGAGCUGGUGUUGCUGCUGCUGUAGGAAAAAUUGGAGGGAUGAUUUGCCCUCUCGUGGCCGUGGAGUUGGUUUCCGGUUGCCACAGAAUGGCUGCAAUAGCUUCAUUCGAGGUCGUAAUGGUUCUGUCUGCAAUUUGUGUGCUGCUCUUCAAAGUUGAAACCAAGGGAAUGGAGCUGCAUGACACUGGAUGUGCAUAACUAGACUUGGAUAAGUAUUUGAAACAUAGGAAGUUUAUACUAGUGAAUAUUAUUAUUCAAGAAAGAUUAUUUUUGUUUC